UCGGAAAGCGGGUAUCUCGUACUAAACCGAAGCGCGCGAUCUGAAAUCCAUCAUCAUACGGAGCGAAAGAUCGAGUCGCGAUUAUACAAAAUCUCACCUCACAAUGGAAGAAGAACAGAACAGAUCAGAACAGGUUAGUGGUGGUGAUGAUAUACAUACUAAGAAGUGGUGUGGAUUGGAACAUUCUUAUCGGGACACACGUGCGGGGGGCACGUGCGGAGCGGGAACUUUGGAGCCUCAGCAAUUUGUGUGGCGAAGGAAGAGAUAGGCCCUCCUCCAGAAAUCUGCAUCCUCUUCUUCUUCCCUCUUAUCAUCAUCUCUCCCUCUCUUUCUCUCUCCAAAACGCAGUCGGCAAAGAACCGUCGCUAGAGAGGGAAAGCCUCGCCACCGCCGCCGCCGCCGCCGCCGCCGCCGCCGCCGGAAUCGCAGCCAUGGCCAAGAUGAUCGUGGCCUCCUCUUCCUCCUGCAAGACCCAAAUCCCACCUCCCUUCUCCGCCUCAAAACCCAAGCAACAACCCCAAGUCACCCUCUCCGUCCCCAAGUUCAGGCUCCCGAAGCCCCUCGCCUCCCUCUCCGUGAAAUCCCUGCCCCUCCUCACCGCCGCCGCCGCCGCCGCGUCCUCCGCCCUCCUGGCCCAGCCGCUGCCGGCGCUGGCGGCGGAGAUCGAGAAGGCGGCGCUGUUCGACUUCAACCUGACGCUGCCCGUCAUCAUGGGGGAGUUCCUGCUGCUGAUGUUCGCGCUGGACAAGAUCUACUUCUCCCCGCUGGGGAACUUCAUGGACGAGCGGGACGCGGCGAUCAGGGAGAAGCUGAGCAGCGUGAAGGACACGUCUGCGGAGGUGAAGCAGCUGGAGGAGCAGGCGGCGGCGGUGAUGCGGGCGGCGCGGGCGGAGAUAUCGGCGGCGCUGAGCAAGAUGAAGAAGGAGACGCAGACGGAGCUGGAGCAGAAGCUGCUGGAGGGGCGGCGCAAGGUGGAGGCGGAGCUGCAGGAGGCGCUGGCCACCCUGGAGAGCCAGAAGGAGCAGACCAUCAAGGCCCUCGACUCCCAGAUCGCCGUCCUCAGCCAAGACAUCGUCAACAAGGUCCUCCCCAUCAAAUGAUUUUCACCAUCUUCCGCUUUGCCCACUCUGUAGUUGAAAUGGAUCAUCAAUGCCGGAGAUUCUUCGCUCUGCAUCUUUGAAAGAAGAAAAAGGAAAAGACUCUUGAGAAUUGGGAUGGAUUUGGACGCAAGAAUGUCUAGAAUUCUUGAAUUUUCUUAUGUAUCCAUGUAAAGAGAUACUUUGCAAGUGAGUAAUGUGAACCAGUUAGUGUA